AAUGAGCCCUUAACGACGGGUUCGGGUAAAAUUAUUCAGUUCAAGUUCACGUUGAAUUUCAUUGCCAACAUGUCAGCCACCCAAGUUUAUUCCGAGGAGAUUAGUGGCGAUGGAGACAUUACUCAAGCUACCGCCGUAGCUUCAGUAGCAGCUGUUCCGGCUCGGCCAGAUGAAGGAAAGCUAAUUAGCUUCAGCCAAAGAUUGACGGAGGCGUUGUUGCACCUGCGGUUGGACGAAUUCCAAAAAGAAAAUGUGCCCCUACCGGGAAAGAAGGGGAAUUGCAAAGAAUUCCCUGAGUACCGCGUCGGCGACGUGUGCAAUCUGGAGCACCGUCAGUGCAAGUACGGAGCGGAAUGCCCGCUCCGUGGUUGCACUGAAUCACACGUGGCUCCAGAUGAGGCGACGCCCAACCGUACACCUCAGAUGCGACGUCCGAGGCUCCUCCGCCGACACAUUGAUCGAGCCGCCGUCGCUGACGCGACUUCCGAGUUGACACGUCACCCACGCCAUCUCCGACGACGCAUAGCCCGUUCAAUUUACGUAAUCCCUCAUCGCGCCAGGUGCUGAUUUAUGAAGCAAUUAAUUUAUACUAUGUAC